UAAGUACUGGCCCUUCGAGGAAAAGUUACAUUUUGGUCCAUGCAAGAUUUCAUUAUUAUAAGCAAGGCCGCAGAGUUGCUGUUCGUACUCAUCGGCGAUCAACGCAUCACCCAUGAAAUCCUUAACUCAAAUCCCACUCGUUUCCUCUCCGCCACAGCAGCAGCGCCGCCGCUGCGGGUGGAGUACUGCUGGGAAUCCUCGCCGUCCUACCCCGACCCACCUCUCCUUCGCCUUAUACGCCGCCUCCCCCUCCCUCUCCGCUUCCUCCUCGCCGGAGAAGCCCGUGGUCGUCGUGGGCUCCGCCAACGCCGACAUCUACGUUGAGAUCGAUCGCCUUCCUCUCGAGGGAGAGACCAUCGCCGCUCGCGGCGGCCAAACCUUGGCCGGAGGCAAGGGUGCUAACCAGGCCUGUUGUGGGGGCCGCCUCGACCACCCGACUUACUUCGUUGGCCAGGUCGGCGACGACGCCCAUGGGCGCCUCAUCGAGGAUGCCCUCCGCAGUGGAGGCGUUCUCGUCGACCGCCUCGCCCGGGUGCCCAGCGCGCCCACUGGGCAUGCCGUGGUGAUGCUGCAGCCCGACGGGCAGAACACGAUCAUCAUCAUUGGCGGGGCUAACAUGAACUGCUGGCCGGAGGAUCUGCGCGACGAGGACUUGGAAGUGGUGCGUAGGGCGGGAGUAGUGCUGCUGCAGCGGGAGAUCCCCGAUAGGGUUAAUAUUCAGAUUGCUCAGGCUGCAAAAAAUGCAGGAGUUCCUAUUAUUCUCGAUGCUGGAGGGAUGGAAUCUCCUAUUCCUGAUGAACUCCUGAAGCUUGUGGAUUUUUUCAGUCCAAAUGAAACAGAGUUAGCUCGUUUGACAGGAUUGCCAACUGAAUCUCUUGAGCAGAUCACUUAUGCUGUGGAGAAAAUCCAUGAAAAGGGCGUCAAGAAGAUAUUGCUGAAGCUUGGUGCAAAGGGAUCUGUUCUGUUUGUCGAAGGGGAAGAUCCAAUCAUGCAGCCCAUAAUACCUGCUUCAGUAGUUCUUGACACCACGGGAGCCGGUGACACAUUCACUGCUGCAUUUGCUGUGGCUCUUGUAGAAAGCAAACCCAUGAAAGAAUGUUUGGAAUUUGCUGCCGCAGCUGCCUCAUUGUGUGUUCAAGCUAAGGGGGCCAUCCCAAGCAUUCCAAGCAGAGCUGCCGUGUUGGAGCUUCUGCAAUCUUUCCAAGAAGAUGCUACUACCAAGUGAGAAGUUAAAAGAAUUCUCAAAUCUUCAGAAUAAGCAUCUCUCCUUUUUGUUCCUCCAAGUGGACGCAUUUGCUCAAGGACUUGGAUUUGCAUCAUGAAACAUGUAAUAAGGUCUGGAACCAGUCAUAUCUUUAGAGUCCAUUUUCCUUUAACCAGUGUGUUUGUGCCAGCAGUCAAUGGAAGGCUCAUGUUACCCUUCCAUGAUCUACAACUCUGUUGCAAGGAAGCAAAAAGUAGCAGCCAUCUUUGCCUUUUUUCUUCUUAGUGAGGUCAGGUGUUGGGGGAUGUGAUCCAUUUCCUUAGAUAUCAAUUUUAAGUUAAAAUCACAAUAUUGUAGAGAGAUUGUAGAGAAGUCUUCUGUUUAUCUCACCAAUAAAUUUAUUCUUAAAAAGUAA